UACACACAAUGGCUGCUGGAAAGAGGGGAAAGCAAACAAUUUUCAGGCCCGCCGAGUCCAGCAAAAAAUAUGAGAAAAAAAUUAUUAAAAAUUCGGAAAAUAGUUGAAACUCAAGAAAAACACCGUAGAAAGGAUGUUAACGCUUCUGCGGUCGUUGGCUCCUUGUGGUGUUGAGAGUUUAGGGUCACUUACACUCUCAGCAUUGGGGCACAGUGCAUGCUACCACUCGGCCAGCCUGCCCUAAGUUGCCAUGGCCACAGUCACCCCUGGCGACUGCCCUCACACCACAGACCGAGCCAGGGUGAGGAAGAGGAGGGUGGAGGGCAAAGGGAGGAAGAAUUUUCUAUGCCAGCUGUGUGAGAAAGCCUUCAACAGCGUGGAGAAGCUCAAGGUGCACUCGUACUCACACACUGGCGAGCGACCUUACAGCUGCACUCACACCGACUGCACCAAGGCCUUUGUGUCCAAGUACAAACUGUUACGGCACAUGGCCACACACUCACCAGAGAAGACCCACAAGUGCACUUACUGUGAGAAGAUGUUCCACCGCAAGGACCACCUAAAGAACCACCUACAUACCCACGACCCCAACAAGGAGGCCUUCACCUGCAAUGAGUGCGGCAAGAGCUACAACACCAAGCUGGGCUUUAAGCGCCACCUGGCCCUGCACGCAGCCCACAACGGCGACUUGACUUGCCAGGUGUGCCUCCAGCCAUACCCCAACACUGCCCUGCUGCUAGAGCACCUGCGCGGCCACGCCGGCAAGAGCUCCUCGGCCGCCAAGGAGAAGCGGCACCAGUGUGAGCACUGCGAGCGCCGCUUCUACACGCGCAAGGACGUGCGCCGCCACAUGGUGGUGCACACGGGCCGCAAGGACUUCCUGUGCCAGUACUGCGCCCAGCGUUUUGGCCGCAAGGACCACCUGACGCGCCAUGUGAAGAAGAGCCACGCCCCUGAGCUGCUGCUGGCCGUCAAGGCCGAGCCGGUGGAGCUGGAGCCAAUCGCCUGCCAGCUGCCGGCUGCCCCCUGCGAGAUGGGAGGUGGCGCCGUGAAAGACGAGUUGUCCGUCCUCAGCGGUGGUGUGUUUGGCCCCUCCCCCCCAUUGACGCUGCGCUACCCGUUGGGCACCUCCUCCUACUCACCUCCUCCGCCCCUUAGGGCGGAGCUAGAGACCUACCUGCUGGAGCUGCAGGGUCACUUACCCUCUGAGCCCGCCCACUCAGAGGACCUGCCCUUGCCCAAGAUUAGCAGCGCUGCUGCGGCGACCAGCGACUCCCUUAGCUCGUCGUCGCUGGAGUUCUCCCAACUCUUCAACUUCCUGCCCCUCAAUGGUCCCUGCUAUAGUCAGGCAGCUGGGUCAGCACUUGGGCUCUCCUACCCAGCAGAGGAGGGGCUGUCCCAGGAUCCCACUGCGGAGCCUGUCAGUCCCCUACACACUCUCUCCUCUACUUACACCCCGGGUCUCAGCACCCAUGCACAUACACACUCGGCCAGCCUGAGCACAACCACCACCCUGCCUCGCUUCCACCAGGCUUUCCAGUAACAUCCCCCCUCCCCCAACACACUCACACACACACUCCAAUACAGUUACGUACAACUACAAACAUUACCAGUCAAAGAACAGUCCUGAUGCCAGUAACACAUGAUGUGUCAUCACAGAUAUACCAUAUAUAGAGAUUUAUUUUGUGCUUUAUCAGAUAUUAUUCACAAACACAUCUUCUGAAGCCUGUAUCAUACAUUUGCCCAUACCAGCUCGUGCCUCACACACAAUGCCGUUUUACCCCCAUUUCUUCCCAUAUCUGAGAUGGUAUGGCUCAUUGCCGGCUGGCCCACUUCCAGAGGGAGGGCGGGAAUAGAGAAUGUGGUUGCAGUGAAGUGUUUCUCUGAUAGAAUCAACCUAGACUCUAGUAUUUUUCUUUUUUUUUUUAAUGAGAUGUUUCCAUUUAGCACUUUGAACUUUUAGUGAUGUGAGCUCCAUCACAGCUAACCAAUUUAAUGUUUUGAUGGUUUUCUUUUGUUUUUCUUUUUUUUCUGUUUGUAUGUGAGUCACUCAUAAGUUGUUUGGUACUAAAAGCCAGGCAUUUGAUUGACAGUUCUGAUUUCUACAAAGCCAAAGCUGACCAAACCCAGAGCCGCAGAGGACCUUCUUACCAGACCCAGCACUCUCUCCUUUCUUCAACAGUCCUCUCCUCUCCUUAUUUCACACCUACUCUUUCCUUCCCUCCUCUCCUGUUGACCUCUCUGGCCAUUUCUCGAUGCUGCUGUUCAGACUAGUAGAAAAGGACGUUGUUCUGCUUCCGUUCACAACCAAUAAAGGGAAAAUAGGUCAGACAUUUUACUUCAAAUCACAAACAUGCAAGAACUGAAACUGUAAUGAGUUUUUAACCAGUACUUAAAAAUGUUUUGCACAGAUCUCUUCUGUAAGCAGCAAGUGGCACACACACACACACACACACACACACACACACACACACACACACACACACAACACACACACACACAGUUGUCUUAUGCACAAAAGGGAAUCAAUUUAUGAAGGAACCCAUACCCACAGUCGUGCAUGCUGUUGCACUGAUAAGAGGAAUCAAUCAAUAAGUUAGACAAUAUACCUGUAUGUCUUUAGGACUGAUGGUGAUGGUCCUUAUUGGAUAUUCCGCUUCACUCUCCAAAAUAGACAGCAACAGCUCUACCACAAACUCGGCACAGUUCAGUACAACUUUUAGCUUAGAGCAGAACACCACCUUUGGAGGCACUGUGUCGCAGGAUGUUUAAGUGUCUGAAAUAGGAGAAAAAACAUUUUAGUUGUAAACCUGCUGGAAGAGGUUGUGUGUGAGUGUGUAUGUGCAUGUGUGUGUGAACAGUUGCAGAAGAUUUGAUUUGAAAUGAAAUGUUUGAUACGCCUCUAUAUUGGGCAGUUUUCAAUAUAGCACUUUCAGAAAAUCGAAUGCCUUUUUUUCUCAAAUAUUUUUUGUUUAUUAUGCUUAAAGGUUUAGAUGUCAUAUUUAGCUGGAUGUUAGCGUGUACAGUAUAUGCUAAAUGUGUGUGUUUUUUACAGGUACAGCUCUUACAGUGUUAGACUCAUUUUGCUUUACUUGCACAAAAUGUCUGUGUUUCUCAGAGAAGUCGGUUUGACAGGACUAACAGUUUCAACAGAUGUUCAGGCAUGCCAGCAUGCAUGUACAGAGAGCACAUAGUCAUACCUAGUGAUAUGUACAUGGUGCACAACAAGUAAUAAUUUCAAAUUAAUUGAGUACUAAUUUUCACAGCUAUUAAAAUUUGGAUACAAUUGCAUCAUGUCAGUUUAAUGUUUUUUAUAUAUAUAGGACAGGCCUGAACUCAUUAAACUUUGGAAUAAAAGCAUUUUUGGACAAAGCCUCAGGAGCCUCUCACUAUGCUGCAGAAACCUGCACCAGGCGUUCUGCUGCAGUGACACAAACCUGAGAUUUCAUUGGCACUGGCUGUUUUCCUGUUUCUCUUUUAUGAGAGACACAGACACAUUAGCAAAUCGUCCUCUCAGUUUCAGUGGUACCGGUGUGUGCAUGUGUGUGUGUGCGUGCGUGCAAGUGUAUGUAUGCAAAACAUUUCUGCAAUAUCUCUUGUUUUGGAUCAAGCUGCUAAUGGACACUCCUAAACCUUCUGAAGGUGCUACAGACCUCUUGUAUCUCUUUUUUUAUUUCACAAAUAUCUCAAACUGUGCUAAAGGUCAGUGUGUUUGUGUGUGUUUGUGUGUCUGUUGUACUGUGACUUGCCUGUAAUUUGGCGUCAUUCUCUCACACACCUGCCUGCUUGGGAGCUCUGCAUUACCAUGGCGAUGGGCAGAGAGGCCCUCUGAUCUCUUACCUUUGAUAUGAGACUGAGGAGGAGAUGCUGCCAGAGGUUGCCACGGGAGAUGAGGAGGAUGGUGAUGGAGAAGAACAGAGGUUGGGAAGAGGAAAUAAGUAGAUGGCAUUCCAGCCAUCAAGUUGCUACCGUUGGUGCAUUGUUGCAGAUGUCGUGGUCGACUUGUAAUCAAUGUUUUUGUUUUCGGUGUUCAUCAUAUUUCAGUAAUGCCAUCCUGUGACAAUGAACUUCUGUUGCUAAUCUUGUAUAUUUUACUUAAAUGUAUUUUACAAACUACUGUUGUAUUUGUAUAAAUAUAGGCCGUAUGAUUCAUAUAUAUAUAUAUAUAUAUAUAUAUAUAAAUAUAUAUAAAAAUAUAUAUCUAUGUGUGCGAGCGUGUGAGUGUGUGUGCGCGUUUGUGUGGGAGUGUGUAAGGUAGAACUCAACGCUGCAGUCUCUGCUGGAGUUCCUCCCGGUGACAUCAUCCAAAGAGACGGUUAUUUAUUGGCUGGCUGGGUGAGCCAGGUGUGGGUUCUGACAAGUGACUGGCAAGGAGAGCCAGAAGUGUGUUUUGACAGAUGAUUUGUUGGCUGGGUGAGCCAGGUGUGUGUUAGACCAUUGCUGCUAUGUGAGGAGAGCUGCAGCCUCCAGUCCAGUGUUACUGUCUACAGUGUACUGAAACUCAAUAAAUAUA